AUGCUAAGAGCAUCGGAAGCAGCUGAGAUCAAAUGGAGAUCGGCGGCAGGACUUCAGCGGUAUCUCACUGAUGUUCCAAUAUGUUGGCAUCGAAAACGUCGAGGAUAUCAUUGGAGACUUGAAGCAAGCCUUGGCUCAGCUGUAAAAAUGAUCGAUUUCAGAGAAUGGUCAUCAGGUGUUAAUAUAUCUUCAAGCAGAUCGAUUGGAAUCGAUUUGGGAACUACAAACUCAUGUGUUGGGGUUUAUCAGAAUGGAAAGGUGUGUCUUGAGGGUCUCAUCUUCAAUUCCCCUGGUUUUCAGAUCGAAAUCAUUGCAAAUUUCGAAGGAAACCGAACCACACCAUCCUAUGUGGCAUUCAAUGAAACUGAACGACUUAUUGGUGACGCUGCCAAGGAUCAAGCGUCUCGUAAUCCAGAAAACACAGUUUCCAACGCAAAACGUCUUAUCGGACGUCGUUUCGACGAUGAAACCGUCCAAGAUGACAUUAAGAACUGGCCAUUUGUUGUGAAAUCGAACGAUGGAACACCUGUGAUCCAAGUGCAAGUCAAAGGAGAGAACAAGGAGUUCAAUGCAGAGGAGAUCUCAGCGAUGGUGCUUCGAAGGAUGAGGAAUGUUGCGGAGGCCUAUCUCGGGCAUGAUGUCAAGGAUGCAGUGAUUACAGUACCCGCCUACUUCAAUGAUAGCCAACGCCAAGCCACCAAAGACGCGGCUACCAUUGCUGGUCUAAACGCUAUUCGAAUCCUCAAUGAGCCAACUGCCGCAGCCUUGGCUUAUGGAUUGGAUCGAGGGAUCACAGAAGAAAAGAUAGUUUUGAUUUUCGAUUUGGGAGGUGGAACAUGUGAUGUAUCGAUUCUCUCAAUCGCCGAAAAGUCUGUCUUCGAAGUUCGCUCCACCGCAGGAGAUACGAAACUUGGAGGAGAGGACUUUGAUUCCAGACUAGUUGAACACUUUAUCACAGAAUUCAAGAAAAAGGCUGGAAAAGACAUUUCUGAGAAUCCACGCGCCAUUCGUCGUCUUCGCGACGCCUGUGAGCAUGCCAAGCGCACGUUGUCUAGCAAAACCGAUUCCUUGAAACUCAUCGUCCAUGCUGUAUCAUUGGGUGGUACUGAAUCUCUAAUCGAGCAUCCAUUAUCAAUGUCUCAUGGCAAACAACUUCUUCGGGAUGAGAACGGACCAUCGGUGGCUCCAGGACUUUUGAGAUUCAGUGUUGGCAUCGAAAACGUCGAGGAUAUCAUUGGAGACUUGAAGCAAGCCUUGGCUCAGCUAGAAUGGUCAUCAGGUGUUAAUAUAUCUUCAAGCAGAUCGAUUGGAAUCGAUUUGGGAACUACAAACUCAUGUGUUGGGGUUUAUCAGAAUGGAAAGGUGUGUCUUGAGGGUCUCAUCUUCAAUUCCCCUGGUUUUCAGAUCGAAAUCAUUGCAAAUUUCGAAGGAAACCGAACCACACCAUCCUAUGUGGCAUUCAAUGAAACUGAACGACUUAUUGGUGACGCUGCCAAGGAUCAAGCGUCUCGUAAUCCAGAAAACACAGUUUCCAACGCAAAACGUCUUAUCGGACGUCGUUUCGACGAUGAAACCGUCCAAGAUGACAUUAAGAACUGGCCAUUUGUUGUGAAAUCGAACGAUGGAACACCUGUGAUCCAAGUGCAAGUCAAAGGAGAGAACAAGGAGUUCAAUGCAGAGGAGAUCUCAGCGAUGGUGCUUCGAAGGAUGAGGAAUGUUGCGGAGGCCUAUCUCGGGCAUGAUGUCAAGGAUGCAGUGAUUACAGUACCCGCCUACUUCAAUGAUAGCCAACGCCAAGCCACCAAAGACGCGGCUACCAUUGCUGGUCUAAACGCUAUUCGAAUCCUCAAUGAGCCAACUGCCGCAGCCUUGGCUUAUGGAUUGGAUCGAGGGAUCACAGAAGAAAAGAUAGUUUUGAUUUUCGAUUUGGGAGGUGGAACAUGUGAUGUAUCGAUUCUCUCAAUCGCCGAAAAGUCUGUCUUCGAAGUUCGCUCCACCGCAGGAGAUACGAAACUUGGAGGAGAGGACUUUGAUUCCAGACUAGUUGAACACUUUAUCACAGAAUUCAAGAAAAAGGCUGGAAAAGACAUUUCUGAGAAUCCACGCGCCAUUCGUCGUCUUCGCGACGCCUGUGAGCAUGCCAAGCGCACGUUGUCUAGCAAAACCGAUGCUACUGUAGAAGUUGAGUCGCUGGUUGAUGGUAUCGAUUUCAAAUCGAAAAUCACUCGAGCCAAAUUUGAGGAACUCUGCGCUGAUUUGUUCCAGAAGACGUUGGAGCCUGUGGAGAGGGCGUUGAAGGAUAGCGAGAUAGAUAAAACCAAGAUUGAUGAGAUUGUGUUGGUGGGAGGAUCGUCGAAGGUGCCGAAGAUUCAGAAGUUGCUCAGAGACUUCUUUAAUGGGAAGGAACUCAACUGCUCUAUCAACCCAGAUGAAGCGGUUGCUUUCGGAGCUGCCGUUCAAGCUGCAGUCCUCUCUGGAGUCAGAGAUGACACCAUCAAGGACGUCGUCCUCUAUGACGUGACUCCUCUGAGUUUGGGAGUCAAGAUUGUUGGAGGACGAAUGAGCAAUGUUAUCAAUCGUAAUACACGUAUCCCAGCAAAUGCUACCGAGCCGUACACCACAGUUGAUGACAAUCAAACAGGUGUGGACUACUUCGUCUACGAAGGAGAACGAGCUAUGGUUAAAGACAACCAUCUACUCGGACAUUUCAAGCUCUGUGGAAUCCCACCAGCGCCACGGGGAACUCCGACAAUUGAUGUGACUUUUGAUAUCGAUGCAAAUGGGAUUCUGAAUGUCACUGCUAAAGAUAGGGGUUCUGGUAGUUCAAAUAGUAUUAUUAUCCAAUAUGAAAAGGGAAGACUAUCGCAGGCAGAUAUUGAUCGAAUGGUCCAAGAAGCUAAACAGUUUGAAAAAGAGGAUGCUCAACGAAGAGACAAGGCGAAUGCCAUAGACGCGUUUGCAGAUUACGUGUAUCGAGUGAAACGGGCACUCGAAAAGUACGGUGAUCGGCUGAGCUCGGAACAACGGAACCGCGCGGAAGGGCUUGUAGAUCAAACACUUCGUUGGACGAAAUCCGACGAUAUCGACAAAUAUCAGUUAGAGAAUGUCGAAAAGAUGUUUAAAGAGCUCUUUGAGGUGAUGAAGAUCACGGUGGAGAGCUAA